GCAGUGUCGUAAGGAAAUAGCAGGAAACUUUGAUCAUCCUACUGGAGCAGAAGUUUGACGACUGAAGAUGAACGCAGCGGUAACACAGCGGCACACCGGGCCUUUUCUACCGGAAAUUACCACCAACAGCAAAAAACGGAGGAAAAGUACUCAGUACAGGAUGAAGCAGGAGAAGCGGUCUCUCCAAACUGGAUCGGUAUCGGAUAAAUCGGCUCAGAUCCUCUCCAAGGCAGAGAUUGCACUGUUCAGAAACAGCCUAAAGCAGAACAUCUGCGUGGAGAUGCUUCAAGAAGGCUAUCACAGGUCGUUCUCGGAGCUCUUCUUCCUGCUGAGCACUGAUCAGGAUCGGAGGGCGGCGGCUGAACCAGGUUCUGCUGUCAGGCUUCAGGCUCCGCUGGACGAACAAUGGGACAAACUGGAGACCCUGAGACUGCACCUGAGCCGGGCUGAGCAGGCUGAAAGGACCGGUUCCUGGUCGGUGGUGUGUGAGCAGCGUCUGUUUUUGGGCCUGUACUUCUCGGCUCCGGAGGAUCUCUGGCUCAGUUUGCACUUCUACCACAGCUGCGUAGACAGAAAGCAAGGGGGCUGCUCGAGACCGGCCACCGAGGCCCGGGCAUGCUUGGCUGAGCUCUACCUGCAACGAGGUGAGCUGGAGCAGGCGAGGCAGCAGGCGGAGCUGUGCAUCAAGCAGACAGAGGACGGCAGCUGGUUGGACUCAGCCGGUCGCCCCCUGAGGCUCCGGGCCCGCCAAGCGCUGUGGAAGAUCUACAGCCGGCUGGCCGACGCUCUGCUGGACACCGCAGACUACAACGAGGCCCUGACGCUGCUCCACAAGGGCUACAGCAUGGCUACUGAGUCUGAAGACAAACAGAUCGAAGGGCAGGCCUCCCAUCGGCUAGGACUGGCCUAUCAGAGUGCAGGAGACCAUGACACAGCCAAACAGUUCUUCAACAUUUGCAUGCAGAUUUGCGGCACACUGCAGGAUGCAGACGGACUGGGAAAGGCCUACAAGGCUAUGGCCAAGUCUAUAGAUGGUGAGGGAAACACACAUGAGACAGUCCAGUGUCUGGAGAAGUUAGUCGACAUCUCUCGUAGCAACGGACUGCAACACAACCUGGCAGACGCCUACCUGUGUCUGGGAAAUAUCUACUAUACGAUGAGUCAGUAUGAGAGAGCUUGUGAAUGCUUCCUGCAGGGUUACGAAGUUGCCUGUAACCUGGUGGAUGUGGCUCUGCUGCAGAAAGCACAGGUGUUGGUGGCCAGUGCUCGCGCUCACUCGCUGAUCAGGAAAUACAGCGCUGACGUGGAGUCGGCCACGCCCACCGCCCUGCGACGCCUGGUGGCCUGGAAAGAGACCAGAGGACGUCAGGCUCUCAGCACAGACUCCACAGAUAAUGCUGCCACUGCCUGGUACUAACUCUUUAUCGGAUAAUGAGACUGGUGAACACUACUGGUCUUUAAAAAGGAUAGACUGGAGUAGGGAAUGUAGGGAAACACACCUUCAACACAAAGGGUUUCAUACAUUGUUCUCAUUAGCAUUAAAUAAACAUAAAAAG